AGAACUCGAAACCUCUAGUUUUAUUUCUCGCAUCAGGUUUUCCUCACUCUCUAUCAAGUAGGUUUUUUCUUCGGUAUCUUCGUUAGUUACUGCAAUCCACUCACGAUUGACUCUCUCCCGCAACCAUGAGCUCCGUCCUCCUUGUCCAGCCCGUCCAGUUCGGCUCCAAUUACAAGAUUGUCGACAACGCCUUCAUGGUGGUCGAGGACAUCACCGACGAGAAGCAGGAACGCGAUGAGCGUGCCGCCUUCCAGGUGCUGCAGGACCUCCGCAGGUGCAUCACGGCGCACGGUGUCGAGGCCCGUAUCAUACGCAACCGCGACGAGCCGAUGUGGCGUGAGCUGUACCUGACUCACGGCGAUGCCAUCUUUCCGAACAACUACAUGUCCUUCCACCACUUCACCGACAGCGAGGGCCACAUCACGCGCCGCCUCGUCAUUCUCUACCCGAUGAGCCCCUACCGCCGCAAGGAGAUCCCCGAGGUGCAGGUUCUGCAACGGCUGGAGGCGGCGGCGGCGGAGGGCAGCAUCACCCUGCUCGAUCUGCGCAGCUACGAGGCGGAGAACCGCGCCUUGGAGGGCACUGGCGCCCUCGUCUUCUCUCCGGAUGGCCGCUACGUCUACAUGACCCGCUCCGGCCGCACCGAUGACGAAAUUCUCAAUAUCGUCUGCAGCGAGGAAUACUUGAACAUCCCGGAGGAGAACCGCUUCCUCUUCACCUCGGCCGUGCCCCGCGUCGGCGGUGGCGAGGACCUGGUAUACCACACGAACGUCAUUGGCUGGUGUGGCAAAGGCAUCGCCGCCUUCGCGCUGGACCUGUUGCGGUUCGACACGGCGGAGCGGGAGACUGCCUUCCGUCGCCACCUCGAGCGCGAGUACGACUGCGUGGUGCACCUCACGGUGGAGGAGAUCCGCGCCUUUGCCGGUAACGCCUUCGAGCUCGCCACGCGCAGGCCGGACGGCUCGGAGCACCACUUCCUCUGCAUGUCCGGCACGUCGCACAGCGGUAUGGGCGAGAAGAAUCGCGCUCUGCUAGAGAAGUGGUACGGCGGCGAGAACGUGUGCAGCUUUCCGAACGAGCCGGUGGAGCGCCGCACCGGGGGCUCCAUCCGCUGCAUGAUGGGCGCCGCUAUUCUCCACGGUGAUGUGCUCCCGCGCUGUGGCGAGCCCACCACGCUCGACGUGUGCGGUAUUGUGGAGCGGGCCGAGUAA